AUGCAAACACUCACCAUCAGCCCUGUUGGGAUGCAGAUCGAAGCUUUCAAUCUUGACUGCGAUCUUACUCUCUUAGGAGAAAAAUUGUAUUCGUUAAUUACAGAAUUAACCGGAGAGUCUUCAUUUAAACUUAUGUUUAGAGGCAGAAUCAUAUCUAAAGAUAAAUAUUUGGCAGAGCAAGGGCUUAAAAGUGGAGCAAAAGUUCUUUUGGUGAAGGAAAAAGAAGAAAAGAAAAGAGAAGAACAGCCAGCAGUGAUGGAAAGCACUCCGCUGGAUAUUCUGGUAAGCAUGGGAUAUCCAUAUGAUAUUGCGACAAGAGCAUUAGCUAAUGUUGGGAGCGGAUAUGGAGCUGUGCAGAAAGCAAUAGACUAUAUUGAGAGAAAUAAGAAAAUAUGCUAAUUAGCUUAGGCUGCCAAUAAAAUUGCUUGAAAUAUAAUUAAUAGGCAAUUUAAAGGAAAAUACUAUGUUUGAAAUUGAAGAAAAAUAUAUUCCAUUUUUGGAGCCCUAGAGAGUAUUAUCAUAAGUUAUAUUUGUAAGAGAAUAAAUUUCCGAUUCACCGCAAAUGAAUAUAUUUAUUAUCAGGAGAAACCUACUGAAAAUAAGCCAGUUGAAAAGCAAAAUCCGCCACCCCCUAUCAUGAAGCAUCAGAAAUCUGAAGAAUACCCUGAAGUGCAUAUAGAGACAAAUGAAGAGCAAAUAUCGACUGUGUUUUGUUGGGGAAAUGGAGGAACUGGUCAGCUAGGACUUGGAGAAAUCCAGCUUUCACAUUCCCCUCACAAUGUAAGAGCUCUAGCCGGUAUCAAAAUGGCAUCCAUUUCAUGUGGAGCUCAUCAUACUGUCGGUCUCAGUUCAUAUGGGAAUAUAUAUACUUGGGGAAGGUAUUUGUACCCUACAAAUGAAGAAAACCAAGUAAAGUACGGAAAUAAGACAAUUCCAAGCUUGCUGGAUCCUGUCAAGCAUAUCAAGUUUUCUAAGGUUUCUGCAGGAAGUGGACAUACACUUGCCUUAGACAAUUUAGGACAAGUAUGAAGCUGGGGUGAUGGAAUGCAAGGACAGCUUGGCCACGGAGAAAAAAGAAAUGAAUUUUACCCUAAAAUCAUAGAAGAACUUCAGCUACUCAAAGUUAUUGAUAUAGCCGCCGGUGGGCAGCAUUCAGCUUGCAUCAAAGAUACCGGAGAAGUCUGCAUUUGGGGCCGAAACAAUGCUGGACAGCUCGGAACUCGAGAUUUAGCUGACCGUCUUUCUCCAACAAUCGUGAUUUUACCAGAAAACCACAAAAUCAAAGAAGUCUUUUGUGGGACUUGGCAUACAGUUGCAGUCUCAGACGCCAUUCCAAGAAUAAUGAAAUGGGGAAGUGGAAACCCUCUGCCUACCAGAGUCCCUAUGUUUGAUGACCACAAUAAUUCUCCAAGAAUUGUAUCUUGUGGAGGAGAAUUUACUUAUGUGCUAACAUCAUUUGGGGAACUGUUUUAUAUACCAGAGCCAAAUAGAGAUAACGCCAACCCAAACAUCAUUAAAGAAAGCUUUACAGGGAUCAUCAAUAUUGGCUGCGGAGGAACUUUUAGCUUGAUUUUAUUACAAAAUGGGAAUAUUUUGGCAAAAGGAGAAAAUAAACAAGGACAGCUAGGUGUUGGUGAUUUUACUAAUAGAAAUGAAUGGACUUCAGUUAAAGGGCUGACUGGAAUUCAUGUAGAAUCUAUUAGUUGUGGCAGCACUCAUUGUGGAGCUGUUGUAAGGUUUGAAAAUUUAGCGUAUGACUUGUUGAGCGCUUCUACUUCAGAAUCCUGAAGUGAUUUGAAUAUAUGGUCUCGAGAUGAUAAAAUUAUUAGAGCUCACAAAACUUUGAUAGAGUCCCAUAUUCCUUUUAAUACUUUAGGCUUUGAAGUUGACUAUACAAGUGAGUAUAGAAGUCAGCUAAACUAUAAUGAGCUAAAAAUCCUAUAUGCAUUAAAAUGGCGUGGUAAACUAAUCCACCUCGUAACACUUGUAGCUGACAACCCACAGGGGGUGUGCAGGGAGUUUGAGGAAAGGGGGAUGGCGUUCGGAAUGUGUAUUUGGCUGGGUUUUUCUUGGUUUGGUGAAGAGCAAUGUCGAAUUGUCCGACUGCAUGCUUUAAUCCAAUGCCAAGAUUUUUCCUCAAUGGGAAAUGGGUCCGAAAAUGGAAAGGGGCCUCCCAGAGAGCCAAUAGUGUUCUUCUUGGCGAGUUGGGACUGCUCCCCAGGGUGAAACCAGGAGUUACGCCUUGGGCUACGGAUUUCCAUUUUAGCUGAGAGUUCAACUCUUUUGAAUUUUUAAUGGUUGAAACCUUGCUCAGCGACGAGAUUCACCCAACUAAUUGUUAGUGGUUGCGAGUCUUCAUCUGUAGGAGCAUCCUUCGCGAUCGUGGAACACAAACUAAUGAGCAGGCAGGGGAGCGUUUGAAAUGGAGAUAGUCCCUGUAGACUUUUCGAUAAGUCUUAAUAGCAUAGCAUGAUUUAAAAAUCCUGAUAGAAUGGCUAUACAGUGGAAUCAUCAACUCAAAACAAAAUAUUUCCAUUGAAGAAAUGCAAGAAUUAAUAAAUUAUUGCAAUCAAAGGAAUUUGACAGGGCUCAGAGAUUUGCUGCUAGAAAGGGUAAGCGAAGAAGAAUUAAAAAGCGAACAUGAUAGAGAAUUCCCAGAAUACAAAGCAAGGGAGACAAUUUUUAGAUAUAAGCAAGAAGAGCUCAAGAAAAUAAACCAAGAAGAAAGCAAAGCAGUGGCUCAAAUGGACAUAGAUCAGUUUGGAGACCCUCAACUUGAUGCACACGAAGAAGGAAGCGACAUGGAAAUCGAUGAAAUGCAGCCAGAAGUACAACAGGUGUCAGCAGAAGAAAGGAGAAGGGCAAUGAUCGAAGCAAUUGAGAAAAGGCAAAGAGAAGAACUCGAAAACCCUCCAGUUCAAGAGCUCCCUAUUAUUGCUCCUCAACCCCCAGUAGUUCCUGAAGAAAUCCCAGAGAUUAUCCCUCCAAACCCAAGAGAAGCUGAAGAAAAAAGACGAAAAAUGCUAGAAGCAUUAGAAAAGCGUUCUAAAGGCAAUUAA